AUGUUUCGUUUCUGCUUUCUCUCUUCUGUCUUGUCCACUCUUUCUCAUGACAUGCGUGUCUUGUUCUCUCUUUCUCAUUUCCUCUGUUUCUCGCGUCAUUUGUGUCCUCUCAUCUGUUUCUCGCGUCAUUUGUGUCCUCUCAUCUGUUUCUCGCGUCAUUUGUGUCCUCUCAUCUGUUUCUCGCGUCAUAUCUGUUGCCUCCGUCUUGUGUCUGUACAGAUCUGUUGCCUCCGUCUUGUGUCUGUACAGAUCUGUUGCCUCCGUCUUGUGUCUGUACAAAUCAGUUGCCUCCGCCUUGUGUCUGUACGAAGCGGUUUCCCCCGUCUUGUCUCUGUCCGAAACUGUUUCUCCCGUCUUGUGUCUGCGAAACUCUUACCUCUGUCUUGUAUAUCUACAAAACUGUUUCCCCCCGUCUUGUGUCUGUACGAAACUGUUUCCCCCGUAUUGUGUCGGUGCGAAACUGUUUUCCCCGUCUUGUCUCUGUGCGAAACUGUUUCCCCCGUCUUGUCUCUGUGCGAAACUGUUUCCCCCGUCUUGUCUCUGUGCGAAACUGUUUCCCCCGUCUUGUCUCUGUGCGAAACUGUUUCUGUCGUCUUCUCUGUGCGAAACUGUUUCCCGCGUCUUGUAUAUCUACAAAAUUGUGCCUCCGUCUUGGGUGUCUACAAAUCUGUUGCCUCCGUCUUGGGUGUCUACAAAUCUGUUGCCUCCAUCUUGUGUCUGUACAAAUCAGUUGCCUCCGUCUUGUGCCUGUACAAAUCAGUUGCCUCGGCCUUGUGUCUGUACGAAGCGGUUUCCCCCGCCGUGUGUCUGUCCGAAACUGUUUCUACGGUCUUGUGUCUGCGAAACUGUUACCUCUAUCUUGUAUAUCUACAAAAUUGUUGCCACCGUCUUGUAUAUCUACAAAAUUGUUGCCACCGUCGUGUGUCUCUACGAAACUGUUUCCCCCGUCUUGUGUCUGUACGAGACUGUUUCCCCCGUCUUGUGUCUGUACGAGACUGUUUCCCCCGUCUUGUGUCUGUACGAAACUGGUACCUCUGUCUUGUGUCUGAAACUGUUUCUGUCUUGUCUGUACGAAAUCUGUUGCCUCUGUCUUGUAUAUCUACAAAACUAUUGCCUCCAUCUUGUGUCUGUCCGAAACUGUAUCCUGUCUUGUGUCUUUACGAAACGGUUACCUCUAUCUUGUAUAUCUACAAAAAUUGUUGCCACCGUCUUGUAUGUAUAAAAUUGUUGCCACCGUCGUGUGUCUCUCAACAAACUGUUUCCCUGUCUUGUGUCUUACGAAACUGUUUCCCCCCGUCUUGUGUCUUUACGAAACUGUUUCCCCCUCUAUCUUGUGUCUGUGAAAUUGUUUCCCCACCGUCUUGUGUCUGUAAAAUUGUUUCCCACCGUCUUGUGCCUGUACGAAACUGUUUCCCCCGUCUUGUGUCUGUACGAAACUGUUUCCCCCCGUUUUGUGUCUGUACGAAACUGUUUCCCCCCGUCUUGUGUCUGUACGAAACUUUUUCCCCCCCGUCUUUUUGUCUGUACGAAACUGUUUCCCCCACCCGUCUUGUGUCUGUACGAAACUGUUUCCCCCCCUGUCUUGUGUCUGUACGAAACUGUUUCCCCCCUGUUUUGUGUCUGUACGAAACUGUUUCCCCCCGUCUUGUGUCUGUGCGAAACUUUUCCCCCCCGUCUUUUGUCUGUACGAAACUGUUUCCUCCUGAAACGGUUUCCCCCUGUCUUGUGUCUUUCGGAAACUGUUUCCCCCCCUGUCUUGUGUCUUUCGGAAACUGUUUCCCCCGUCUUGUGUCUUUCGGAAACUGUUUCCCCCGUCUUGUGUCUUUCGGAAACUGUUUCCCCCGUCUUGUGUCUUUACGAAACUGUUUCCCCCGUCUUGUGUCUUUACGAAACUGUUUCCCCCGUCUUGUGUCUUUACGUAACUGUUUCCUCCGUCUUGUCUGUACGAAACUGUUUCCCCCGUCUUGUCUGUACGAAACGUUUUCCCCCGUCUUUUAUAUCUACAAAACUGUUGCCUCCGUCUUGUGUGUCUACAAAAUUUUUGCCUCCGUCUUGUGUGUCUACGAAACUGUUUCUCCCGUCUUGUGUCUCUACGAAACUGUUUCUCCCGUCUUGUGUCUGUACAAAUAUGUUGCCUCCGUCUUGUGUCUGCGAAACUGUUACCUAUGUCUUGUAUAUCUACAAAACUGUUGCCUCCAUCUUGUGUUUCUACGAAACUGUAUCCCCCGUCUUGUGUCUCUACGAAACUGUUUCCCGCGACAUGUGUGUCUACAAAUCAGUGUGCCUCCGUCUUGUGUCUGUGCAAAUCAGUUGCCUCUGCCUUGUGUCUGUCCGAAACUGUUUCUCCCGUCUUGUGUCUGCGAAACGGUUAACUCUAUCUUGUAUAUCUACAAAAUUGUUGCCACCGUCUUGUAUGUAUAUAAAAUUGUUGCCACCGUCGUGUGUCUCUACGAAACUGUUUCCCCCGUCUUGUGCCUGUACGAAACUGUUUCCCCCCGUCUUGUGCCUGUACGAAACUGUUUCCCCCCGUCUUGUGUCUGUGCGAAACUGUUUCCCCCCGUCUUGUGUCUGUGCGAAACUGUUUCCCCCCGUCUUGUGACUGUACGAAACUGUUCCUCCCGUCUUGUGUCUGCGAAACUGUUACCUCUGUCUUACUGUUUCCCCCGUCUUGUGUCUGUACGAGACUGUUUCCCCCGUCUUGUGUCUGUACGAGACUGUUUCCCCCUGUCUUGUGUCUGUAUACGAGACUGUUUCCCCCGUCUUGUGUCUGUACGAGACUGUUUCCCCCGUCUUGUGUCUGUACGAGACUGUUUCCCCCGUCUUGUGUCUGUACGAGACUGUUUCCCCCGUCUUGUGUCUGUACGAGACUGUUUCCCCCGUCUUGUGUCUUUACGAAACUGUUUCUGUCUUGUGUCUUUACGAGACUGUUUCCCCCGUCUUGUGUCUUUACGAAACUGUUUCCCCCGUCUUGUGUCUUUACGAAACUGUUUCCCCCGUCUUGUGUCUUUACGAAACUGUUUCCCCCGUCUUGUGUCUUUACGAAACUGUUUCCCCCUGUCUUGUGUCUUUACGAAACUGUUUCCCCCCUGUCUUGUGUCUUUACGAAACUGUUUGUGUCUUUGUCUUUUACGAAACUGUUUCCCCUGUCUUGUGUCUUUACGAAACGUUUUCCCUGUCUUUUAUAUUUACGUAACUGUUGCCUCCGUCUUGUGUGUCUACGAAACGUUUUCCCCCGUCUUUUAUAUCUACAAAACUGUUGCCUCCGUCUUGUGUGUCUACAAAAUUUUUGCCUCCGUCUUGUGUCUCUACGAAACUGUUUCUCCCGUCUUGUGUCUCUACGAAACUGUUUCUCCCGUCUUAUGUCUCUACGAAACUGUUUCUCCCGUCUUGUGUCUGUACAAAUCUGUUGCCUCCGUCUUGUGUCUGUACAAAUCUGUUGCCUCCGUCUUGUGUCUGUACAAAUCUGUUGCCUCCGUUUUGUGUCUGUACAAAUCUGUUGCCUCCGCUUUGUGUCUCUACGAAACUGUUUCCCCCGUCCUGUGUUUGUACGAGUCUGUUUCCCCUGUCCUGUGUUUGUACGAAACUGUUUCCCCUGUCCUGUGUCUGUACGAAACUGUUUCCCCCGUCUUGUGUCUGUACGAGACUGUUUCCCCCGUCUUGUGUCUGUACGAGACUGUUUCCCCCGUCUUGUGUCUGUACGAGACUGUUUCCCCCGUCUUGUGUCUGUACGAAACUGUUGCCCUCGUCUUGUGUCUCUAUAAAACUGUUUCUCCCGUCUUGUGUCUGCGAAACUGUAACCUCCGUCUUGUAUAUCUACAAAAUUGUUGCCUUCGUCUUGUGUGUCUACAAAUCUGUUGCCUCCGUCUUUGUCUGUACAAAUCUGUUGCCUCCGUCUUGUGUCUGUACGAAACUGUUUCCUCCAUCUUGUGUCUGUACAAAACUGUUUCCCCCGUCUUGUGUCUGCGAAACUGUUACCUCUGUCUUGUAUAUCUACAAAAUUGUUGCCUCCGUUAUGUGUGUCUACAAAAAUGUUGCCUCCGUCUUGUAUCUGUACAAAUCUGUUGCCUCCGUCUUGUGUCUGUACGAAACUGUUUCCCCCGUCUUGUGUCUGUACAAAUCUGUUAG